AUGUCCCUCUAUCGCACCUCCAUCGCCUGUGCUCGUACCCCCAGAGUCGCCCCCCGCUGGCUCCACACCUCCACCUCUCGUCUCCAGCAGAAACAGGCCCAGCCGCAGACCCCGGCUACUGACAAUAUCGAGCUCACAGCUCCAGCAACAUACAUUUCGGAAAGUCACGAUCCUUGGUUCAAUCUGUCAUACGAAGACUGGCAAGUCGAUAUAAAUACUCCAGUCGACCAACCAGUGCUAUUCCUGUAUCGCAACUUUCCUUGCGUCGUCAUAGGGCGCAACCAAAACCCAUGGAAAGAAUCAACACCACGAAAGCUACGGGAUGAAGGUCUACCACUGGUCCGACGUCGGUCUGGAGGAGGUACUGUCUAUCAUGACAUGGGAAACACAAACUUCUCCAUCAUGCUACCACGACUAAUGUUUACCCGAUCACACGGCGCUCUCCUCGUGUCGCGAGCUAUCAGGGAGAGACUGGGGAUUGAGGAAUGCGGGGUGAACGAGAGGAAUGAUCACGUUUCUGGAUCUGCAUACAAGAUCAUCCAACAUCGAGCCUAUCAUCACGGUACAAUGCUCAUAUCAUCGUCCCUCGCUGAAUUGGGAAAGUCUCUGAAAUCCAGCUCUCCCAAUAUGGAGACCAAAGGGAUCGCCUCACAUCGCUCGCCCGUCACCACCCUCAAUCACUUUAUCCGCGAUGUGACAAAACCCAUUCACCACGACUCCUUCACUUCCGCUCUCACCUCCGAAUUCGCUCAGGUGUAUGCCACUCCAUCGAAACCCAUGUCGACACAUCUGGUGCACAAGAGUGGGGUGAAGGAGGAGAAGGUAUGGAAGGGGUAUGAAGAAUUGAAGAGCUGGGGGUGGCAGUAUGGCCAGACGCCGGAGUUCACCAAUAAGCUAGAAGAAAGCUUUUCUUGGGGUGAUCUGUCGGUAUCUUUGACAUCCCGUCACGCACUAAUCACUUCCCUCACCUUCCACCUCUCACCACCUGCCUCUCAUCCCUCAAGCCCUUCAGCUCCAGAAGUCGCCAAGAUACAAGCAUUCCUCGAUGCUCUCGCCCUCGAUCUGAUUGGCAAGAGGUAUGAAAGUCUUGAAGGUGCUGAGGGCGCAAUGGGGCACGAAUGGGAAGGAGAGGCGUGGCGGAAUUUGGGUUGGGAAGUCAUGAACUGGCUUCGCCGGACCAUGUAA